CGCCGCAUUGUUAACAACUUUAACCAAAACAGCCACCGCUCACGGAAAAUCCAACAUCCAAAUUAAAGAGAACCUAUAGAUCCAGGGGAACUCGGAGAUUCUAAAUAUCCGAGCUACUAAUCCAUCAGCCUAAAACUUAAAUCCACAAACGCGUUCAGUAUUACAAAACAAACACAAAAAACCAUAGGUGUGAGUGCUCAAGAGUUAAACAAUUGCAACAAGUUGUUGUUCUUUAUUGAUUCGUUCUAUGCGGAAACGGAAGCCGGUCGACAACGCUGCGUAUGUGUAAUAAUUUUCAACGGUUGACAACACGGCGUAUGUGUUUUUAGUUCACUUUCUUGAGAGAACUACUGAUAUUUUUUGGCUCAGGCAACGCUGCGUAUGUGUAAUAACUAAACUUAUACCAAUUUCGAAUAGCUUUUGAGCGAAGACUCCUAUAGAUAUUUUUGGAAAGAACAUUUUGCUAACACUUAAAAAAAAAUCCAUAAACACGUGCUGAAGAACAAUAAUAAUUAUUUUUCGGGUUGCCUGUGCGCGUGUGUGUUUCUGUGUGUAAAGUGUAAGCAACGUCCUUGUGCCUCCUACUACUUCUAAACAUACAUACAUGAAUGUAUAUAUAGAACCAAGCUAUAUACUAUAGCGUGCGUAAGUCGUUACGUCGCUUACAUCGUCACUUGGCCACUGCGCAAACGCCGGAAAAGAGCGAACAAAAAGCUGGCAAGUUCAAGUCUAAGGACACACAACAACAGCUGUGGCAAGGACAGGAAAAUGAAGCCCGACUAUAACUAUUGCAACAAGAGUUUCUGCGAAAAAGGAGUGGGCCAUCAAAUUGAGGGAUAAAUUGCCAAACGGAAACUGAACCGCCGUGCUGGAUCACCAGCGCCGCUCAGGGCGCCAAACAGGUGCCUAAAUAGAAACUAUACAAUAUCUGUGUUGUCCUGUGUCCUGUUUAUGUGUUUUCGUGUCUCAUCAUCAUCAUUUUUUGGUUCUUUAACGAAGAAUCGUGUUGUCUAUGAUGCGCGAUCGCCUUGCCUCGCUGAUUGUGGUGAAGCAAGAGGGCGGCAGCAAUACGAAUAUCAGUCAUCACAUUGGCCACCACCAUCAGCCGGCCAUUAAGUGCGAGGCUUCACUGUACGAGAGCGGCAGCCACAGCCUUCUGUUCCAGGAGAUCAACAAUAAUUCCUGCUACAGACAGAACCUAAACACUCCGGCACAACAGCAACAGCAACAACAACAACAUACACACCAACAGCAACAGCAACAUAUACACCAGCAACACCUAUUGCCGCCGCCUUUGCCGCCUUUGAUUUAUCCCUGCCGCAAUCUCUUUCCCGACGGUUGCGAUAUCAAUCACCUGGCCUGCUGCAGUUCCUCCAACAGCACCUCAAACUCCACCAACUCCACCAACUCCACCACCUCCAAUUCACCCAACAAUAGCCACUUUUUUGCCAAUGGAAACACGUGUGCAGCAGCAAUAACAGCAGCAGCAGCAGCAGCAGCAGCAUCAGCCACAUCACCCACUGAGUCGAGGAAAAUAAAACCACUCGUUGCGGGGAAAUUGAAAAGUGAGAAAACUGACAGCAACUGCGACAGCCCAGCAGCAGCAACAGAAGCUGCUAGCACCUCGGCAACAUCUGCGACAGCAACGACCAUUGCUGUUACAGCAGCAGCAACACCAGCAGGAACAGGAGGAGCUGCAACAGCAACAGCAACAGCAACAGCAACAUCAACGGCAGCGGCGACAGCAGCAAUCCACACAACUAAAAUCAGCCAACUGAGGCUUAAUAACCAAGCGACAACAAGCAUGUUACUUUUGCAACCCAAUAGCUCCUUUAGUUCAUUGUCGCCCUUCGAUAAUUUCUCCACGCAAACCGCUUCGACGACCACUACAACGUCGCCAUCGGCAGCUGGUCACCACCAACACCACCACCACCACCACCACCACCACCUCCUCCAUCAGCAACAUCAGAACCAGCAGGAGCUACAACAACAGCAACAGCAGCAGCAACAUCUGCAGCAACAGCAACACCAGGAACUUGUUAGCCCGCAGCAACACCUGCUAAAGUCAGAAUCACUGCUCUCCCAUGAGGAGGAUCAGUUGAUUAGCAAUCUGACCGACGCGUCUGUGGUUUCCCACAGCGAACUCUUCUCGGAUCUCUUCUUCCCCUCGGACUCGAACAACUCCCUGCUCUCCCCCACCACCAGUGGCUAUCCGGACAAUCCCGCCGAGGACCUGACCAGCUCCAUUGAGAAUCUCACCAAGUUGACUUGCCUGCGCGACAAGCGAUUGUCCUCGAUUCCCGAGCAGCAGUUGAGUUCCGAGCAGGAGCAGCAACUCUGCCUGCUUAGUCUGCGUUCCAGCAGCGAUCCGGCCAUUGCAUUGCAUGCCCAGCAGCAACAGCAACAGCAGCAACAACAGCAGCAGCAGCAACAGCAGCAGCAGCAGCAGCAACCACAGCAACAGCAGCAACUCCAGCUGAUCUCGCCCAUUGGUGGGCCAUUAUCGUGCGGCAGCAGUUUGCCAAGCUUUCAGGAGACCUACUCCCUGAAGUACAACAGCAGCAGUGGAAGCAGCCCCCAGCAGGCCUCCUCCUCCUCCACCGCCGCCCCCACGCCCACUGACCAGGUGCUGACCCUCAAGAUGGACGAGGACUGCUUUCCGCCGCUUUCCGGCGGCUGGAGCGCCAGUCCGCCCGCCCCCUCGCAACUGCAACAGUUGCACACCCUCCAAUCCCAGUCCCAAAUGUCGCAUCCCAACAGCAGCUGCAGCAACAACAACGGCAGCGGCAACAGCAGCAGCAACAACAACAACAGUGGUGGCUACAACUAUCAUGGGCACUUCAAUGCCAUCAAUGCCAGCGCCAAUCUCUCGCCCAGCUCCUCGGCCAGUUCCCUUUACGAAUAUAAUGGAGUCUCCGCCACGGACAACUUCUACGGACAGCAGCAACAGCAGCAGCAGAGCUACCAGCAACAUAACUACACCUCGCACAAUGGCGAGCGUUACUCGCUGCCGACGUUUCCCACGAUUUCCGAGUUGGCGGCGGCCACGGCGGCCGUGGAAGCGGCGGCGGCGGCCACCAUCUCCUCGCCUUCGGUGGGCGGUCCUCCGCCCGUCCGCCGGGCAUCGCUGCCUGUUCAGCGGACCGUCUCGCCCGCCGGCUCCUCGGCGCAGAGCCCCAAGCUGGCCAAGAUCACCCUCGGCCAGCGGCACACCCAUGCCCAUCCGCUCCAGCUCAGCUCGGCUCCCAAUUCGGCGGCCAGUUCGCCGGCGAGUGUGGACCUCCAGGCGGGCCGACUGCUCCAGGCUCCGUCGCAGUUGUGCGCCGUUUGUGGAGACACCGCCGCGUGCCAGCACUAUGGAGUCCGGACCUGCGAGGGCUGCAAGGGAUUCUUCAAGCGGACCGUCCAGAAGGGAUCCAAGUACGUCUGCCUGGCGGACAAGAACUGUCCGGUGGACAAGAGGCGUCGCAAUCGCUGUCAGUUCUGUCGAUUCCAAAAGUGUCUGGUCGUGGGCAUGGUCAAGGAAGUGGUGCGCACGGAUUCGCUGAAGGGACGAAGGGGUCGACUGCCCUCAAAGCCGAAAUCCCCCCAAGAAUCGCCGCCAUCGCCGCCCAUCUCAUUGAUAACCGCUCUGGUGCGCAGUCAUGUGGACACCACUCCGGAUCCCUCGUGUCUGGAUUACAGCCACUACGAGGAGCUGUCGAUGAGCGAGGCGGACAAGGUGCAGCAGUUCUACCAUCUGCUGACCAGUUCCGUGGAUGUGAUCAAGCAGUUCGCCGAAAAGAUUCCCGGCUACUUUGAUCUCCUGCAGGAGGAUCAGGAGCUGCUCUUCCAAAGCGCCUCGCUGGAACUGUUCGUUUUGAGGCUGGCCUAUCGGGCCAGGAGCGAUGACACCAAGCUGAUCUUCUGCAACGGCACUGUUCUACAUCGCACCCAGUGCCUGCGAUCCUUCGGCGAGUGGCUCAACGACAUCAUGGAGUUCAGCCGCAGCCUGCACAACCUGGAGAUCGACAUCUCCGCCUUCGCCUGCCUCUGCGCCCUCACUCUGAUCACAGAACGCCAUGGCCUGCGGGAGCCGAAAAAAGUAGAGCAGCUGCAGAUGAAGAUCAUUGGCAGUCUGCGGGACCAUGUCACCUACAAUGCGGAGGCCCAGAAGAAGCAGCACUACUUCAGCCGGUUGCUGGGCAAGUUGCCCGAACUGCGAUCCCUCAGCGUCCAGGGAUUGCAGAGGAUCUUCUAUCUGAAACUGGAGGACCUGGUGCCGGCGCCAGCUCUCAUCGAGAACAUGUUCGUCACCACAUUGCCCUUCUAGAGGCGAUCGAUCAAGCGUAUCAUCACAACAACAUUGCUUCCUUAAACUAGCCCUAAGCCAUGCCCCCCUCCCCCCUACUAAGAUAUAGGAAAUGACCCAACUAGCUUUAGUAGAGAGCCCUGAAAUAAAUAAAUCUCACAAAAAGAAAACCGAAAUAAAAUGCAGACCCAGGCCAUAUAUAUAGCGUAGUAGAGGUAGUUAGUUUGCUGGACAGCCCGGCCCUUCGAUAAUUACGGACAUGAAUAUUUGAGAAAGGGGUUUUCCAGUGUAGAAAAGCAGCUCCUGCGUGACUCGUCAGCACUGGAAAUUACAACUUGUUGACGUUAAUUGUUAAAUUGUUUAAUUUCAACUGUCAAAUUCAAUGGGUAGGCACGCAAUGGAAACACUUUCUAACCCCGGACUUAAGCUUGCUCAAUAUUCUGCAUUAACGGACGGACAGACGGAACGCUCUCUUGCCUUUUUGCUAACUUCUAGUCAAUUGUUUUAGGCAAAACAAAAAAAAAUAUAAAUGUGUGCAGCAUAGUGUUAUAUAAUUUAUAGCCUAGACUAGUGGUUCUCUUCAAGAAUAACCCAAAACAAGUUCCACAAAUUGGAACCUGAAAGUUAAUUACAUACUAUUUCCUUUACAAUAUUUUUUAAAAAUUUCAUAUCUAUUACCAAUUUGUGGAAAUCUACUAUCAUAUCAUAUAGCAAAGCCAUGCUUGCCCUUAGCUAAAAUAUAUAGACCCGCAUAAAUUUGAUAGCCCAACCAAGUAUUUACGUUAAAUCCUAGACUAAGGCUCCUUAUAGUUGUAGACUAAGACUAUUCAGUUCGAUUAAUCAACGCACCAACCAAGUGCACAAUGAGAGUUUAAGUACCUUUUUGUGAUGAUUGUGUCUGACACAGAGAGAGUUGCACACAAACACACAAGCUAGACGUUAAGCUAAAAUACUAGUAUAUAUAUGAUAUAUUCUGUAGAGUAAGCCCAAGUAUUUGGUAAUCCAAAACCCUUGUAUAUCCGUAGUUUGUACGUUCCAAACGAGAGAAAAACUUUAUAUUAUCUUAAACCACUCCAAAUAAGUUCUUAAAGAAACGCUAAUGGAUCGUGGGAUCCUUCUCUCUAUAUGUGUGUGUUAUUUCGAUUGAAAACCCCUCUAUGUGAUUUUGUGAUAGAUUGGCAUUGAACUCUAUAUAUAUAUAUAUAUAUAUAUAUAUAUAAAUAUAUAUACACGCAUAAUAUAUAUUUUAUGUCUAACUUUUGUAUGGUUUAUUUUAUACGUACCACCUUUCUUUGAAAACAAAAAGUAAGAAAUAAAAAGAUUGUUAGAUAGCAAAUAUUUCAAAUGUAUGUUAUGAGGAAUUUUCAAAGUACAGCCUUUAGCAACUUUCCAAUUAACGUUUGUAUUAACGAAAGACAUUUUCUAUGUGUGAAAUUCAAGACUUCUAUAACUAAAUGUUAACUAAAAAGCAAAAACACAAAAACCAAUGUGAAUAACAUAUCUCUUCAAGCUUUCGAGUGCACGGAACAUGUAGAUCCGAAACCCAAGUGUUACUAAAUCUAUUUAAUAUAUUGGCAAACCUGGGGCGACGAGGUGUUUAAUAAAUUCGCAGCAACUAUACAAAUUAGAUAGAUCAUUAUUAAAUUAUUGUACAUGUAGCACAUCAAAUGUUGAAAUACUAGAUUUUGUACCAUCUUUAAGAAAAACUUAGGCCAAGCAAAACUAAGUGUAAACCAUGAUCUGCAUGCGGCUAAGCUGGAACUAAAAAAACAUAAUUGGGUUGACUUUAAAUAUAUGGGGCAUUUUGGAUUUUUUUUAAGGUAUCAAUACAUUAAUAUUUUACCUUAUCAAAUAUAUGGAAUACACUUAAAACUUAACAAAAAAAUUAAAUAAAUUGAAUUAAACAAAAUUCUGUAACUAAAUGCUAGGAAAGAGAAUUUCAAAGUGACCCAAUUCAUUUGAUUUCACCCACCUCAAACAAACAACCUAAAAGGGAGUUGAGGAGUUAGAGCAAUAUUUCAUAAGGAAAAUGCACCCUAAAAUAACUAAAAAUAUAGCUUAACUAAACCCGAACUUGUAACGGUUAGGAGCGAUAAUAAAACAGGAUUAAACAGGAACAGUAAGGUGACCAAAACAGUUUGAAACGAGACGUUAGAUAGGUUCGGGUUCGAAACCCUCAAAGCGAUGCCAUUUUUUAGCCGUUACAGCAAUGAGUACAUUGGAUAUCAAUCAUGCACAUGAAUAUAAAAUAUUAUAACGAUAUAUCUAGCUAUAGGAACCUACUUUGUACCUACACAACAUGGAAACAUCAAACCUACAUGCAUAUUUACACAUAUAUUUUGAAUAGAGCGACAACUUUUACAAGUUAAUUCUGGCGCAAAUGCUAUUGUUAUAGAUAUAGCUGGAUAUGGCCAUAUACCGGAGCGAGCAUAUACAUAUAUAUUUUGGUUUAUUGUUCUUUUGUAAUUUUAUAAAUGCAUACAUAUAUACUACGUGAAUGUCAAGUGUGGAUUCAUAUUUUUGAGAUACAGUUACAAAAGGAAACAAAAAACCGUAAAAUGUGAAAUUUUUCGAUGAAACGAUUUUAAAUGAGAACCUUUUAAUAUUGCUAUUAAAAUGAUAUAUACACAUAAAUAUAUAUUUUACUAAGUAACGGAUAGGAUUAAACUAGAAACAGCGCUUACAGCUUUAUACAAAACAAAAAAAAAAUAAAAGAAAUUGGCACAAAUUAAAUAUAUAUAGCAUAACUAGACGUUUUUCGAAAGAUAAUGUUAUUCGUAAUAGAGCGCUAUAUCUCCAAUUCACACAACCACACAACAGAUAAUAUAAGCUAUAUAUCCAUCCCAAAUAGCGCCUACUACUAGCGAUGAGCAGAA